UGUUGUGUUUUCCUCUCUCUGUCUCUUUCCUCCUCUCUCUUUCCCUCUCUGACUUUCAACAUAUUUCCUCCGUGUUUUCUCAAAAAUACUUUCCAGCCGUAGCAGACUGCAGCAGAACUGACACUGUGACUGCCGUUGGAUAAAGAGAUUGAAGCAGAGCUGACACUGUGACUGCCGUUGGGUAAAGAGACUGCAGCAGAGCUGACACUAACUGCCGUUGGGUAAAGAGACUGCAGCAGAGCUGACACUGUAACUGCCGUUGGGUAAAGAGACUGCAGCAGAGCUGACACUAACUGCCGUUGGGUAAAGUAAAAGAGAGGAUAUCUACACUAUUAUGGCUGAUGUUCCUGUUCUUCCUUCCUCACUGAGAACAGAGGGGAUCCUCCUGAGAGAGAUCCACGUCAACCUGCUGGAGUGUAAAGUCUGCUUCGAGAAGUAUAACCCACGGCAGAAGGAACGCCGGCCUCAGAACCUGUCCUGCGGCCAUGUACUCUGUCUGGAAUGUGUCCGGGCGCUCUCCCACCCCGUCCUCAAGAAGCUUGAGUGCCCUUUCUGCCGGCAGCUGUGUGACGUUGACAGCACCUCCCACUGCCAGGCGCUGACAGACCUCCAGGAUCUUCUGCUCUCCCGCUCCCCCAGGUCACCUGUCCCUCAUCGGGUCAGAGGAGGCAGCGGCUGGGUCGGAGGUCUGGGCUCUGGAGCUCUGCGGCUUCGCUCAGCCUUCGGUGGCUGGGGGUCCCUGAUCAACCCCACAGGGGUGGCCGUGUUCGGGUCCUCUGGGACCAUGGUGGUGGUGCACGAUGGAGAAAGGAGGGUGGUGGUAUUCGGGCCUCAGGGCAGGCGGCUGCACGGGUUCGGGCGGAGGGGUCGCGGCCACGGGGAGGUGUGUCACCCGGUGGAUGUGGCGGUGACUCCCAGUGGGUAUGUGGUUGUGACGGAUGCCGGUGACGGUGCAGUGAAAGUGUUCACCACCAGGGGGAGUUAUGUUCUGGCGGUGUGGGACUCCUUCCAGAUGCCCUGGGGGGUGGACGUGGACAGCUGUGGACAUAUCCUGGUCACUGACAUCCAGGCCGGCACGCUCUCCCAGGUUGUGGUGGACUUUGCCCGUGGCGUGACUCUGAUGAACCGAGCGGUCAUAACCGACCUCCAGCGGCCCAAGGCAGUGGCCUGCUGUCGGGUGACGGGGAACAUCGCCCUGGUGGAGACACUGGGGCUCACCACCACACAACCUCCAAAUGGCCCCCGGCCUACCAGACUGACAAUAUUCAACAAAGACUUUAACAUGCUCUCUCAGAUAGACAGCUUUACUCUGAGCCUGGGGGCCUCAGUGUGGCCCUGUAUGUCUGCCGUGGCCUUUGACAGGGACGGGGAUGUGAUCGUGAUAGACUCCCAGCGUGGGUUGAUUUGGAGUUUGGGAAAGCUCCAGAACGGCCCGGUCCUAACCCCCCUGGUCAGUGAAGACUUGGUUCGCCCGGUGGGGCUGGUCGCCACAGCGCAGAACACGCUGAUUGUUUUAGACAGUGGAGACCAUGCAGUGAAGAUGUAUUCAGUUCACUCGGAUGCUAUUCUAGUCCGAAAAGGAUGUAGGAAGAGUUAGCUGUCUGGCUGACUUGUAUUGUGAAAAAAUACAUAAACAA